AUGGAUUCAAGGCAACGGGUGGACGAGGAGAGCGUGCGGGAGCUGUUGCGCCUUCUCCGCACGUGCGGGGGGCGCACGUGCGCCGCGCUGCUGGCGCAGGCUCUGCGCGCAAAGUGGGGUCUUUGCGCGGAUGAGCGGAAUGGGAACGGGGCGCGAGAGGCGGGGGAAAGUGUGGGGGAAAGGCGUAUGGAUAUAGAACAGGCUGGGAGAACAUGUGGGGAGGUUGGAGGUUGCAAAAAGAUUGAUGAUACGGGGGGAGAGGGUAUGGGCGGGGAUUGGCCUGGAGAAGGGGAUGAGGGGGAGGGUGGAUGCGGGAGGGAGCGGAAGAGGCGGAAGAGAGAGGCGGCGGAAGGGGAGAGCGGAGAGAUAGGGGAGUGCGGGAGAGGGAGCCACGAAGGGAAGAGCGAUACCCAUGCUGGUCCUGAUGGGGAUGGCGAUAUUGACUGUGCAUCAAAUGCGGACACGCUAUUGGCUGCCGUGCAUGAGCUGGCAUGGGAGCACAUCCACGGCGGCCCAUGGAAGGACGUCCACGUGGCAUGGCGCGACGCGUACGCCCUCACAUGCCUCGCCAUGGCCACUGCUAACGCCGCUACCGCUGUUGCUGCCCCCACUACCACCUCCAACCGCUCUCUACCGGCCUGUCUGCGGUUAUUGGACCUAGGGCUUAUGCUGGGUGGUAACUUGUUCCGUGCAGCCAUUAAUAGUGCUGUGGGGGAGAUGGAUGCACGGGUUGUGGAAAGGGGGGGUGGUGGUGGGGCGGACGGGGGGGAUGGGAGGGAUGGGGAGGGGGGAAGGGGAAACGAGAGGGGGGAUGGGGAGGAGGAGAAAAACCCGCCAAUCCCCCUUCCACCCCACUCCUUCACAUCCCUCCCCAUGCCACGCGCGCACCUGCCCUCUCUGGAGCGAUUCCUGCAGAGCUACAUGCAAGCGGGCGUGCCGGUAGUGCUGACAGGAGUGAUCGGCCACUGGCCCGCGGUGAAGCGGUGGAGCGACUGGGGGUAUCUGAAGCGUGUUGCUGGAGGCAGGACCGUGCCUGUUGAGAUGGGCAGCAGCUACCUGGCGGAGGGGUGGACUCAGGAGCUCAUGACUCUCGCUGACUUCAUUGACCGGCAUGUGCUCAGAGCUAGGGUGCCACGUGGCAACAGCAGCAGGGGCGAGCAGGGGAAGACAGGAGGGAUUAGGAGAGGAGGAAACGUGGUGAAGGGUCAGCGAGGGGAGAGGCGUGAGGGGGAAAGCCAGGACGAGGAAUGUCAGGUGGAGAGACAGCAAGGGCGGGAAUCCCCGUUCUCCGAGCAGACAUUGACGUUCCCCCCUACUGCUGGCUCACCGCCCCUUCUCCCCACCCUCAAUCUCUCGGGUCAAACUCUCUCGCUCACUCCUCUCUGCAAGAGGCCACUGGCACUGCAAGCAUGGGUGAUAGGUCCUCGGGCGCCUCAGGAGCGGUUUCUUGGCAAUGCGUGGUUUGGGUUGGCAGGAACAGUGAAGUGUACGCUGCUGCAUCACGAUCCCUGCCACAACCUCUUUGCUCGGAUGAGGCGCCUUGCUCAGAUGAGGCGCCUUGCUCAGAUGAGUCGCCUUGCUCAGAUGAGGCGCCUUGCUCAGAUGAGGCGCCUUGCUCAGAUGAGGCGCCUUGCUCAGAUGAGGCGCCUUGCUCAGAUGAGGCGCCUUGCUCAGAUGAGGCGCCUUGCUCAGAUGAGGCGCCUUGCUCAGAUGAGGCGCCUUGCUCAGAUGAGGCGCCUUGCUCAGAUGAGGCGCCUUGCUCAGAUGAGUCGCCUUGCUCAGAUGAGUCGCCUUGCUCAGAUGAGGCGCCUUGCUCAGAUGAGGCGCCUUGCUCAGAUGAGGCGCCUUGCUCAGAUGAGUCGCCUUGCUCAGAUGAGUCGCCUUGCUCAGAUGAGUCGCCUUGCUCAGAUGAGUCGCCUUGCUCAGAUGAGUGGCGCCUUGCUCAGAUGA